AUGCUGUAUCUGACAACUUUACUGCUGGUCAUGUCGACUAUCCUGGUUAAAGCUGAAAACUGCUCUGUUCAUACGAUCUACGCAGUGUUGGAGCCUGUUGCAUCGGACCCAAACUUCGCCACGUGCCAGACCGACAGCAACUACUCGCUACUAUCGUUUGAGAACCUGUCCCUCAACCAGACUGAAGGGUUUUGUGCUAGCUCUGCGUGCCAAGCGCUGCUCAAAGCCACGUUGACGUCGGGUCUACUACCUCACUGUGACGUGGUCAUUGGUGUUCACUCCCUAAACCUUACGGAUGCUGUAACCAUCGCCUCGAAGUGCUCCGAGACCCUCGAAGAGCGCGUCGUUGACGAAGAUGAAGGUGAAGGUACAGUCGGCCGUAUAGCAGGCAACAUCGUCGAUGUCGUCGCACAUUCCAUCCCCAUGGACGAGCUUGUGCUGGCUCUGCUGCGGGUCUAG